UCCCUUCAGGCACUUCUUUAGAAACAAACACUUCUGCCUCGAGGGAAUCACUGGUUGUGUCCAAUCUGACCUCUGUCAGGAUAGACAGGAUACAAAAUGAUUCAUGGAAUCAAAGCACCGACCGAUCAUCUUUACCCAUGGGGGAAUCUGGUCAAACAUCAUCAAAGACAAUAACCGGUAACCAAGAUGAAGAAAAUUAUAUAGAAAAUAACACUAAGGCUGGAAAAUCAAGCCGACCCCAAACCAGCACAGUGCCAACCAAACAACCAGCAAUCACUCAGUUACCUGUCAACACAUUCUCACCUGAUCCAUCCUCACGCAGAACUACCCCACCCAAACAAUCUGAUCUGUCAGCUGUUGCAACAGACAGUAAGUCGGACGUUAAUCCAUUACCCCCCACUCAGCAAAGCAUUGAAGCAGCAUCAAUGAGCCAAGCAACUAACCGAGUCCUGUCCCAAACCAACUCUGCUUCUGCCAGUCAGUCAACAAAAAACUCCCAGUCCCAAGACACUGUUGGACAAGCCAGCCAAUCAGGACAUACCACAGAAAAUACUAAUCCCUCCCUAAGCAGCACAAUUUUCGCAAUUCUACCGUCAACAAAAUCUUCAUCAUCCAGCCAUCCAAAAGUCACUCCAAUACCAUUGUUUGAAAAAUGGUCUUCAACAGCAUCAGGCAGCCAAAUGACUGAGACAGCUCAGUCAGAUGAAUCCCAAACUGAUCUAGUUUCCAGUAGCCAAUCGGAAACAACCAGCCAGUCAACAAAAACUUUGGCAAGCUUCACAAAAGAUACUAUUAAAUCAAAAAGCAGCACAACCUUGUCUAAUGAAGCAUCUAUUGAGAAUGUAAUAACAGGCUUAUCUAAGGUUAACGAUUCAUCAUUGACCCAACAACUGACAACCAAUAAAUCAUCUGGCCAACUGUCAAGCCCCAACGUGAUUUCUAAACAAACAACAUCCACUGUUGCAUCAAUUAAUCAAACAUCUGAAAUUACGGAAAAACAGCUACAAAACUGGACAAAUAAAGAAAGCGAAACACCUACUAACAUGACACCAAACAACAAGGUGCACAACAAAGAGGGACCAUUCAGCCAGCCACUAUCCACCAAACCAUCAGCCAAACAACCACCCAUCACAACCGCCCCAAACAAUGACUCAGGAGCUUCAAGCAAUCCAACAAACCCAAUGCCAACCAAUGCUGCAUUAGACAAUAGAGAAAUAACAACUGCAACAACGGCAAGAGGAAAAACUUCAAGCAGGGCAGCAAUGGACAACCAGGCCAUAGAGAAACUAAGAGAAACCAGCCAGUUACCAACCACUAUAGCCCUAUCUCCAUCCACACCAGCAAUGUCCAAAUUGUCUGAAAGUAUAACACCAUCCAGACCAAGGCCAACUAAGGCAACAGACCUCAAACAGACUCCAUUAAAGCACAGUGCAACUGUACCAAAUGAACUUGCGAAGAAGACAAAACACUCCAGCCAACAAGUAGAGAGUACAACAUUAGCCCAAAAGAAGUCUGGUAGCUCCCCAAAAGAAAAACAAAUACCUGCUAAACAAGUGUCCAAAAAAUCUACACCUAAAAAUACUGGAUCUAAUCCUUCACCAAUAAACACAGCAAAGUCUGGACAAUCCCUGAAACAGACAGAACCUGUUAGCCAGUCACCAGUUGGUAGAUUACCUCCCAGGAUUUCUUUUUCAGUGGAUAGUACAACAAAAUCAACCCAUUUGCCAUCCAGCCAAAUGCCACUGAGCCCCUUUAGAACUUCUUCAAACUUAACAAGCCAGCCCUUCCUCACAACAUUUUCUAAUCAAUCUCCAGCUACCAUAGUUUCAACUGAACCUCCAGUGACAAGUUCAGCGGCUUCACAGAUUACAUCUCACAACCUGAUAUCAAACAAUCAUACCCAGCUUAAUUUGACAAACACAGACCAGUCACCUAAUGGGUCUUCAUCACCGCAGUUGGCGACUGGAUUAACAAUAUCAGGAAAUUCAGUCAGUGAAGCCCUUUCAUCUGAUGAUCGUCCAGUCAAUGUCUCGCAGCUCACAAGACAGGCAAAGGAAGCCCUGAAGUCAUCCAAGCGUAGAAUUCCAGGGGAGCCAUGUGAGUAUCCCUGCCUCAAUGGAGGACAGUGCAUUUUAUCAGAGUCAUGUGACUGCAGCUUGUUUCAGGCCACUGGGCACAGAUGUCAGACAGUUCCAAAUCUUGGCUUUGAGAGGGAGAUGACCUGUAGGACUUGGGGCCAGUACAACUUUGAGACCUUUGAUGGUCUCUACUUCUACUUCCCUGGCAGAUGCACGUAUACACUCCUUAGGGACUGUGAAGCAACCACGCAAGCAAGCAUUGUUGUCCAGGUCCAUAAUGACCCAGACUGCAGCUCUGCGCCCUACACCUGUCAGCGGUUUGUUAGUGUCUUUCUCCCAUGGGAAGGCGAGAUACGAUUGUAUGCCACCAGCACCACAUUCAAAGGCCAAAGUCUGCAGCUGCCUCAUCGCAUCCAUGACCUGCAGCUGGAGCAGAUUUCCCAGUAUGUGGUGGUGACGCAGCAGUUGGGUUUCACCUUGGCCUGGGAGGGACUACGUGGCUCAGUCUACAUUAAACUCAGCCCAGAGUUUGUGGGCCGAACUUGCGGCCUGUGUGGCAACUUUAAUGCAGACGUUCAGGAUGACCUGAAGACAAGCUACGGUGUGCUAAGCCAGAAUGUAGAGAUGUUUGGGAACAGCUGGAUGGAGAUGGAGCCCCACCAGGGCAGAUGUACCCAGGUUUCGACUGACUUCUUAUCGCCUUGUGCUCUUGUUGAUACUCAAAUCCUUCUGAAAGUGGAGGAGGUUUGCGCAAUGCUGCUGGACCCACCUUUCCAAAGCUGCCAUGACUUUGUGAGCCCUCUGUCCUACAUGGCCAGCUGCUCAAACGACCUCUGCAUGUCGGGUCCCAGCGGAGAUGUGGUAUGCCAGGUGUUCAGCGAAUACGCUCGAGCCUGCGCCCAUGCUGACCACCCACUGCACAACUGGAGGCAGCACAUUCCUCAGUGUGUGAAGCAGUGUCCUUUGGGGCUGCAGUACAGAGAAUGCAUCAGCUGCUGCCCCGAAUCCUGUAACCUGGAGCGAACAUGCAUAGAUAGCAAACUGGCCUGCUUAGAUGGAUGCUACUGUCCUGAAGGUCUAAUUUAUGAGGAUGGAAGUUGUGUGGCACCAGCUGACUGUCCCUGUGAGUACCACGGCAUGUUUUAUCCGUCUGGACAAACACUGAAGGAGGAGUGCAACAACUGCACAUGUGUGGGUGGAGUGUGGAACUGCACAGACAACAGCUGCCCAGGCGAAUGCUCGGUGACGGGCGAUAUGUAUUUUCAGUCAUUUGAUGGCCGGAUCUUCAGCUUCCCUGCGACAUGUCAGUACGUCCUCGCCAAAAGUCGUAACUCAGGAAAAUUUACCGUCACCAUCCAGAACGCCCCCUGUGGAGCCAAUUUAGACGGGGCCUGCAUCCAAUCAGUGAACCUGGUCAUUAACGAGGAUCCAAGGACAGAGAUCACUCUGAGUCACAUCGGCGAGGUCUUCAUGGCUGGGCAGUACCGUAUCUCACUGCCCUAUUCUGACGACUUCUUCCACAUCCAGGAGCUGUCAUCCAUGUUCCUCCAGGUUCGGACAGGGUUUGGCCUGCAUCUGCAGUACAGCUGGACAGAGUUUCGUCUCUACUUACAGGCUGACGAGACGUGGAAAGACAACAUGGUGGGGCUUUGCGGCACUUUCAACGGCAACAGUCAAGAUGACUUUCUAUCUCCAUCAGGAAUGAUUGAAAGCUCGCCUCAUCUUUUUGGAAAUUCCUGGAAGGUGUCAUCAGCCUGUUCAAUGAGCCUGAGUACACCUCAGAUAGACCCCUGUGACACUCACCAACAGGCUGUGACCUACGCCUCAGAAAUGUGUGACAUUCUUAAUCAAGAUCUAUUCUCCGCCUGUCACGAAUACCUCAGCCCGACACCUUUCUACCAGCAAUGCCGAGCAGACACCUGUCAGUGUGGGACGCCCUGCCUAUGUUCCGCUUUGGCUCACUAUGCCCGGCAUUGUCGGAGAUUCUCUGUUAUUAUCGACUUUCGAUCACACAUAUCGGACUGCGCUGUCACUUGUCCUACCACAAUGCAGUACGGCACCUGUGUGUCCUCCUGCCAGCGGCGCUGCUCCUCCCUCUCUGUCCCGCAGCACUGUGGGGAGUACUGUGAGGAGGGCUGUGUCUGCCCCCAGGGGUCCUUUUACAACCACCAAACUCACACCUGUGUGCACAAGAGCGAGUGUCCCUGCAGUUUCCUUGGAGUAGACUAUGAGCCGGGAGACGUGAUUUUGACAUCAGCAGGUGUUCAGCUUUGUCUUAAUGGUAAACUGGUGUCCCAAACUACAGAAUCUGACAGGCUGUGCCCACCGGGUCAACUCUAUCUGAACUGCACAGAUGAGCAGAACAACCUCAUGCCAGGAAGGGGCUUAGCCUGUGAGCGCACCUGUGAGUCAUUCCUGCUCAACAUCACCUGCUCUGCACACGAGCCCUGUGUCUCUGGAUGUACCUGCCCCCCUGGGUUACUAAAACAUGGGGAUGAGUGCUUUGAGCCUGAUGCUUGCCCCUGUCUGUGGAAAGGAAAAGAAUAUUUCCCUGGUGACAGAGUUUCCUCCCCCUGCUAUCAAUGUGUUUGCCAACAUGGAACGUUCCAGUGUUUGUUUCGCCCAUGUCCAUCCAUGUGCGCGUCUUAUGGCGAUCGCCACUACAGGACAUUUGACGGACUGCUGUUUGACUAUGUCGGUGCCUGCAAAGUUUAUUUGGUUAAGAGCAGCGCUGAUGUGGUGCUGAAUGUGAUGGCUGAGAACGUUGACUGCUUUGACAGUGGAAUGAUCUGCAGAAAAACACUCCUUAUCAACAUGGGAGGAUCUUUCAUAUCUUUUGAUGAUGAUUCUGGGAAGCCAAAUCCAUCAAGUGUGAUUGACAAGAAGCAGCAGAUGUUUAUUUGGCCGGCUGGAUACUUUACAAUAAUUCACUUCCCAGAAGAAGAUGUGACGGUCUUAUGGGACCGCAAGACCACAGUUCACAUCCAGGUUGGACCUCACUGGCAGGGGAAACUAAGUGGCCUGUGUGGGAACUUUGACCUGAAGACGGUGAACGAGAUGCGGACGCCUGAUAACAUUGACUCUCCAACACCACAGGAGUUCGGAAACAGCUGGACAGCAACAGAGUGUGUGAACAGUCCAGACAUCAGACACCCCUGCAGCCUCAGUCCUCUCAGAGAACCAUUUGCAAAGCGCCAGUGUUCCAUCCUGCUCAGUGAGGUCUUUCAGACCUGCCACCCAGUGGUGGAUGUUACCUGGUUCUACAUGAACUGCCUUGCUGAUACAUGCGCCUGCAGCCGCGGGGGUGACUGCGAGUGUUUCUGCACCAGUGUGGCGGCUUACGCUCAAAGAUGCUGCCAUGAGGGCAUCCCUGUUGACUGGCGCUCACCGUCUCUCUGCCCCUUUGACUGUGAAUUCUACAACAAAGUUCUAGGUAAAGGCCCGUUUAGGCUCUUCACUUAUAGGGAUCAGACAACUCUGUUGGCAGCCAGCAGGUCCAGUGGCUUUGUUUUCCUGCAGCGGGUUAACAUCAGCACCAAUAUCGCUGCCGGGGUCCUGGUAGAGUUCAUGAUGACACCGGGCUUAAGCAGAACCAGGCCCCAUGAUGCAUCACGGAUUUCCUUUGAAGCAGUCGACAGACCGAACUACUUCCUGCAUGCCAGUGCCAGUGGCCAGGUUAGGCUGGCCAAGUGGGAGGACAGUGAGGCAUUCUGGGAUGGAGCUACCUUCAUUAUCCACAGGAACACCUGGAUUUCAGGCUAUGACUCACUUGAGUCACAUGCUAAACCCGGCUUCUUCCUGCACGCCACUAUGCCUCGCCUCCACCUGCUCAAGUUCAGACACACUUACAGUUUCCGCCAGGCCUCGCUGUUCAGACUCUCAGGCCCCAGAUCAGACACCCGACCAAGUCCUCGAUGUCAGUGGCGCUACGACUCCUGCAUCAGCCCCUGUUUCAAGACCUGCAGCGACCCGUCGGCUGAGUCAUGUGUCACCAUCCCACAAGUGGAGGGCUGCCUUUCUGUGUGCCCCCCUGACAUGGUCCUAGAUGAAGUCACCAGUCGAUGUGUCCAUGUUGAAGACUGUAUUAGGGUUCCUGAUGAUGUGUCUCCUCCCUCACCAUCCACUCCAGCUAAAAUGUCUGAGAGCACCGCAUCAUCCACAUCUCCAGGCACAAGUCACACAGGAAAAGCUCUCAGCAGCAUUAUUUCUAGUAGUACUUCACCAAGCAAGUACACUACCUUAUCCAAAGCACCACCCACACCUGUUGAGCUAACUUCAUCUCCAACCUUCUCUCUAUAUCCAACUCCUAAACAUUCAAAAACUCCAUCAGGGCCAAUAACGCCUCCUGCUGUCAGGCCAGAGGUGGUGGAGCCACCAUCCACAGUCAGAAUAACUGAAACUCUGCCAAUAACUUUAACAGCUGCAGCAAGAUGGACAACCAGGCCAGUGAACACUACAGUCAGCUUACUCAGCACCACCAUGUCCACGACAACCAGAGCUACUUUGGACAGCUCCUACACCAAACUGACUGUCACGCCGGCCCGCCUCCUCACCAGCACAGCUGUAACAACUUCUGCAGCAAAGACUACUAAUGCUGAGAAACCCACCACAAUCAGCACUUCUACAAUUUUGCAUUCACACGAAGACACAGCAAAAAGCACAAGUUCAGAAACUACUGGAACAAAGACAUUGAGUGCAGAUUCUCCUUUGGUCUCUGAAACCUCUGUCCAUCGAGAUGGAACCACUGUCUCCAGUACUACUGCUACUUUCUAUACAGACACCAGUAAAAAAGCUACACCUUUUGAGGGAAUGGCAACAGUUCCUAUAAUCUUGCCAGAAAUACCAAGCACAAGCUCCACAUCAGCUUCUCCUGUUCCAACCUUACCUCCUCUAGAAACAGAAACAGCAUCUUCUACAACAUUAAUUUCACCAAAGACCACACAGCCAUUUAGACUAGUUACAUCUUUGACAACCAGUAAAGAAACACAAACUGGAACCACAGGAAGAACCUUAGACAUUAUUGAAAGUGACAUUGCAGCUUCUUCAACUGUCCCAGUGUUAUCAACCCAUAUGUAUGGUGGUACUCCCUCUACAACUUCAGCAUCUGCCUCCACCUCUGUUCCUUUAUGGUUGGAAACAUCAACUAAAAAGAAAGUUACCAUCCUGGAAUCCUUAGCAUCUAGAAUCCCAACAGUCGCUACAACAACAGCUUACCCUUUACCUGGAGAGGUUAGAGGCAGCCCCACUCCUUUGCACUCUUCAACAGCCUAUUCUGAGAGGACUUCCUGGUCAGCGGCUGUCCCAGUUACAGGGAAAACCACCACCAGCAAGCUAACUUCAAGACCUCUUGUGGUUCCAGAAACAUCCACAGAUGUUCUUUUUACCACUAAACCUAAAACCUCUAGCUAUAUUAGUACUCUACCACAAUCUCCAGCAACAGAGAGCUCUACCCAUCCAUCCUAUACUGAACGGAGCUCUGAAUCUGGGCCGCACUUCCACUGGGAGACCACCUCAGCUUCCACAGCUACCUACCAACCCCCAAUGGGGACAACAUCUGUGUUGCCCUCUGAAUCUCCUACCAUGUCUUCUAAAUCACCUGAAGUUUCACAGUUUCCAGAGACAUCUAGGACAUCUUCCACAACUACAACCACCACAGGAAAAACAACACCUGAAGAAGGUGGAGUCACAACCAUCAGGAAGCUUAUUACUCCCCCGGCUCCGCAUGUGUCUGGCUCUCUUGAGACCCUCCUAACCACAAACCCUACAGGAGCUGAACUGUCUAGUCUUUAUACCACUGUUAAACCUGUCAUUGUUGCAUCGAUUACAGAAACUGCAAAACCAGUUACAGCCAGAGUGUCAACUGGAACAACGAACAUGUCCCCUCCAACUUUGUAUUCACUCCACACAAGUUCUCAAACGGCUCCAGCUGAAUCUACCAUUCUGGAAAAGGUCACCACCAGAUUGGUGUCAAUACCAGGAGCUACACCAACUAUUGCGAGGACAACUAUCCUCACAGCAGCAUCCAGAGUUCCUGUAACAACAAGAGUUUCUCCCAGAGCCACACCAACCUCAAAAAGACCAGUCACCUCAAGGGUCACUAUUGGAAUGAGACCCUCAGCUAUCACCACCAGAUCAACAAUGAUUGGCUCACCAACUGUUUCUCCUGCUACUACUUCUCCUGUCAUUGCAACAUCAGGAAGCGAGACUGAUCAUGUUAGCACAUCAGCGGCGAGUCCUCCUACCAUAACAACUACAGUCCUGGCCCCUUCACCAAAACCAGCUGUGCCAUUUACAACUGCGUUUGCUGCUGAGUCAACAACAACCAAAGAAGCUAAAAUACAGCAAACUCAAUCUCAGAGCCCUGAUGUCUUUGUGGCAACCAAGGAGCCUGGUAUUCCAUUUUCAACUACAACUCCCUAUGGAGCAACCACCACCAUGGAAAAGAUUCAUACAACUUCACGUUCAACACUCUCUUCGAGCUCUCCUCAUUUAGCAAUGGAAACAACCAGCUCCUUUGGACAGCGAUCAACAUUGAUGACAGAAACUCCUGUAAGGAUGUGCACUCCUCCAUAUGCAGAGAUUGUUGAUGAAUGCACAAAGUACAUCUGUGUCAACAACCAGCUCAUCCUCUUCAACAAAUCCCAGAGCUGCCUUUUUACAGCUGAGCCUCCAAACUGUGGUCUGCUUGGUUUUUCUGUUCUGAUCAACGGAGACAAAUGCUGUCCAAAAUGGGAUUGCCCAUGUCGCUGCUCAAUAUUUCCUGAUCUAAAUGUCAUCACUUUUGAUGGGGACAGCUUUGCUGUUUUUAAAGCUGCAUCUUACAUUGUUACCCAGCUGCCCAAUGAGACCCUCAGUGUCCUGAUUCAGGAAUGUCCAGCGGAUUCUGAGUUACCGGUUUUCUGGAAUUUCACCAACUUGUGUCUAGUCUCACUCAACAUCACGCACAAAUCUAACCAUGUCGUCAUCAACAGACUACAGAGAAGACUCUAUGUAAACUCACGAUACGCCAAGCCCCGUUUUAAAAAGUAUGGCUUUGAGAUCUAUGACACAGGCAACAUGUACCUGAUCCGCAGCCCAACUGGUCUUAAAGUACAAUGGUACCACAGCACUGGCAUGAUGGUGAUUGACACUGAUGGCUUGGGCAGGAAACUUCCCACCAUGGGCCUCUGCGGAUUUUGUGAUGGAGACCUGACCAAUGACCUUACACUGCCUAAUGGUACAGUUUUGGGCGUAAGCAAAGACCCAACUCUGUUUAUCGACAGCUGGCAAGUUCCCAACACCACAAGCUACGUCAGCUAUAGCCGUCGACGUGAGCACAACUGCUCCACCAGCGAUUGCUCACGCUGUCUAGCCAUGCUGGAGGAUAACACCUUUACCCGUUGUCAUGAAUUUGUGCCACCCAGCACAUUUUGCGAGGUUUGGGUGAGAGACUCAGAGUAUAUGAACAACCAUUGUGUGGCUCUUGCUGCUUAUGUGGCCUCAUGCCAUAAAUUCAAUAUCUGCAUUGAGUGGAGGAGGCCAGAUUACUGCCCCUUUGUCUGUCCUGGCACUCUAAGCUAUCAAGCAUGUCUUCCUGCCUGCACUUCUCAAUCCUGUCCAAACCAUGACUUUGACUCUGAUCCAGACCACUGCAUGGGACUGACAGAGGGCUGUGUGUGUCCUGAAGGAACUUUACUUCAUCGUCCGUACUCUGCUCUAUGCAUCCCCUUUGAGAAAUGUGCUUGCACCGACAGCUCAGGUGUUCCUCGUGCAAACGGCGAGGUGUGGAAGGCCUCAAAGGACGGCUGUUGCAUGUACCGCUGCGACAAUGACACCAUCGUACCAGUGGAGUAUAACUGCUCCAGCGUUCCCACUCCAGUUUGCCAGCGAACAGGCGAAAUGAUCAUCAGCAUGUCCGAUGACACCAGCUGCUGUCCACACAAAGUCUGCUUGUGUAACCAGAGCCUGUGUGAUCACUUUCCCCCUGAGUGUAAAUAUGGGGAAAAGCUGGUGUCUUACUACAGAGCAGACUCCUGCUGUCCAGACUAUGUCUGUGAGUGUGAUCCUGAGCUCUGUGAGUCUGACAUCCCGACCUGCAGAGACGACCAGACUCUGAUCGCGACCAGAGCUGAUGGCAGCUGCUGUUUGGCACACAUCUGCAUGUGCUCCUCUUGUUCUGAGACGCCACCCUUCUGCCAGGAGGGGGAGGUGCUAAGCGUUGACAGCAACAGCACGGAUCGAUGCUGCCCUUCCUACCAAUGUGUAUGUGAGCCCUACAGAUGUCCUCAGCUGAGUUGUCCUUACGGGAUGUCAGUUGUGUCUGUUUCCAAUUCAAGUCUCUGCUGUCCCAAGCAAACAUGUGAAUGCACCUGUGACAAAGUGGCCUCUCCAAAAUGUGGCCUGGGGGAAGCUGCACAGCUUGAUCUGGCCUUUCUGUCUGACCCACAGAACCAGUGUGCCUGCAAGAGGUACAAGUGUGUGCGUGAGGCUGUGUGUGUGUUUGGUGAGCGUGGAUUAUUACAGCCAGGUCAGACUCUCGUUGAGCACAGAGACAACGGACUGUGUUACAGUCGCCACUGCAGCCAGGUUCUGGAUCAGAAGAGUGGAUUUUAUCUGCUGCGAAACUCGACAGUCAACUGCUCCAUCCACUGCCAGCCGAAUCAGAUCUAUGUUCCUCCUAAAGACCAGUCAACCUGCUGCGGCGUCUGUAAAAACAUUUCCUGCCUCUAUCAACAUGAGAAUGGGACAAUGAGCCUCUAUAAGCCUGGACGGUCCUGGGUUUCAAACUGUAAGAAGUUCGACUGCUCCGACACUUCAUUCGGGCCAACCCUCAUCUCCUACUCCUACAGCUGCCCCCCCUUCAAUGAAACAGAGUGUAUGAAGAUUGGAGGAACCGUCGUAAGUUACAUGGAUGGAUGCUGCAAGACAUGCAAAGAAGAUGGGAAGUCAUGUCAAAAGGUUACAGUUAGGAUGACAAUCAGGAAGAAUGACUGCCGCAGCAACCGGCCGGUAAAUAUUGUAUCCUGUGAUGGGAAGUGUCCCUCUGCCAGCAUCUACAACUACAACAUCAACACGUACGCUCGCUUCUGCAAGUGCUGCAGGGAGACAGGGUUGCAGCGGCGCUCUGUGCAGCUUUACUGCAGCAGCAAUGCCACCUGGGUCAGCUACACCAUCCAGGAGCCAACUGAUUGUUCCUGCCAGUGGUCCUAAACACAAACAAAAGGAACUUACACUCAAAUUCAGUAAGAGAGGUCUAACUUGGAUGAAGAUCUGCAUGGUUAGCCGACCUCAUAAAGGGGACACCUUUACGUUAGGAACGCUGGGAUGGAUUUAAGUGGAACUGUGGAAAACACCACUGCUGGAUGUUGGGAGGGAGCAUAAAGCUCUUAAUGACUGUUAGUGAUCUUCAGUAAGUAUUUUUAGUAUCUCUGCUGGCAUGGGGGUUGAGUUAUACAGCAGAAAAACAGAUGUUACAAGGUCCUGCUGCUCUGCCUGUUACACACAGAGAUUUCGCUGGAACUCACUUUCACUGCAGAUAUCUGAGAGAGACAACAAAAUUAUAAAACAGCAUAACAGAUGACACUGCAGUUCUACUGUGACCACAGUUAAAAUGUUAAUCAAAAGAACAAAACUUAAAUAUUUUACUCAAUAAAGUUUCAAAGAUUGUCCAAGAAAAACUUUUUUCUUUCUCCGUUUUAAAGGCAAAAAGUGUUAUUUUAAACAGUUACAGAGCCAGACAUCUUUAAUAGGGGCGACGACCAAUGUCUACUGAGGGGUGGCUGAAGACAGACAGGCACCAGAACCAGUUCAUGGUUAAUCUACACUAACCACACUGAAUCAACAGGAAAAGGAAUGAUGAGAAAAUAGACUAGAUUUUCCUGAAUUACUUUCUCAUUCAUGUUCAUGCAUACAUAUUUUCUGAUGCUGGAUCAUCUUAUCUUCUGGUUGUCUUAAAUGUAAGUCUUUUCGACAUGCUCAUUUCAUCCUGGUGCACACCUCUAGUGUUUAUGUAUCCAGUUAGCUUCAGUUUUAGCCAUUCAUUGUAGCCCUGUAUUCUUUAAAAAAUGUCUGAUUGUCACAGAGAUCCAAUUGUCCUAAAGUUUAUAAGAGGAAUAUGAAAGCAUUUAGAAGAAGAAAAUAAAACCAGGUGGUAUUUGGGAGAUUCUUUCAUACGAUGCAGUAGAGCAGGUAGAGAAAGGAUGGCCUCAAAUACUCAUGGUAAAAGUAACUUCAACAUUGCUUACCCAAUUAAAGGUACAGUGGAUAAUUUUGUAAAGAAAUUAUCCACUGUACCUUUAAUAACCCUAUUUUUAGAGGGAAAAGCAUGUUCUGGGAUGGUAAAUUACAUCCACACGAGGACAACAUCCACAUAGGGGCAAUAAGUCACCUGGUUAGAGGGGUCACAGGGGUGGCUAAGGGUGGGCCAUGGCCACCCAUAACCCCACAUAUAGCUCUGACCUUGAUGCUCAAAUCUCAUUUGCUUUUAAAUUUGUUUCUCGUUUCUAUAUAAAAAAAGUUU